GUAAGUUUAUCAUUUGCGAUAAUUCUCGAAUCUGAUGGAUUUUUCUAAUCAAAUUACAGGUGAUGCGCGCAACCAAUGUAAAAGAUGUUGUAUUUCAUAUUGGCUUUUUGUCAAUGAUAGUUGGUCAAGUUUUCGUGAUUUAUUAUCAUGUGAAUGAGUUAUCAUUAGAGAGUAUAGAUUUGAGCCAGAGAAUAUUCAACAGUAACUGGUACGACCAAAGUUCUGAAGUGAAGAGGAGUCUGUUGAUUGUGAUGGCCAGAGUGCAAAGACCACUCGUACUCACUAUCGGCAAUUUUGCAGUGAUCGACAAUGAUUUGAUAGUUACCAUGGUCAAAGCGGCUUAUACGUUCGUAAUGUACCACAUAAUUUAGAAGUUGUCAAGGAAUGGGGAGUUUCUUUUUGAUGACUUUCCUACAGAUCAGUUCUUCACUGAUCAGCCUAAUGUUUUCUCGAUGUAGAAUGCUUUUCAGAUACACACAAAAAACUAUUUGAUGAAUCUAUUAUUUUUGCUCUUGCUUGGCUUCGCUAGAUGCUCCACCUCGCAAAUGCAAAAUUCGCUUGUGUCACUUUUUAAUCCUAAUAAAAAAAUCUACUAUACAUUCCCA